CUAAGUACCGAAAGAUAAACAAGAAAUACUAACCACGAGGAACGAGACGACAUACGCAAGCCAAACUUCUCUACGUAUGGAUCCGCCAAAAUAUUCAAGAAAAAGUAAAUGUGAAAACAUUCAGCGAGGAAGUUGUCCCCAGCACCAGCGUCUUCUGGUUUUGUGAAAACAGAACAAGCAAAACGGACAGGAACACUAAAGCAACAUGAAAUCCCUUCGACGACCCUUCUCACAGCCCGCCGAAGAAGCCGGCGACCUGGAAACAACAGCCAACUUCGAUUGGUCAAGUCUCGACCGUUUGGCGGAAGACGUGCAGCACGCUAACUGCACAGCGUCGGCUGCGCAAUAUAAAAACGUGAGAAACGGCGACAGAAUCGCAGAAGCAACUACAUCUACUUUGGCAACCGGAACAAGCGCCGCCUUCCCACCGGCGGCGCAGGAUGAAAGCGCGCCGGAGCAAGCAGGAGAAAGAAAUCACAUCGAGGGAACUAGUGUAGGAUCACACAGCGCUCUUCUCUUCCUCGACGUCGACGGUGUGUUGCAUCCGGACGGCGGCGGCUCCGUACGAGGCUCCCUAGCAACCAGUACCCUGUGCAAACCACAGAUGGUAAUUUUGCGAAGGAUUUUGGAGAAGCUGCACGAAAGACUACAACAUUGUAAAAAUGCAGUUGUUAAUACGGAAAAUAAGCGCAACAACCUCCCAAGGAGGACACUACAUCUCAUCAUCAGCUCCGCCUGGAGAGAGAACCCCGGCAGGACGCAGCGACUGCUUCGGGAGCUGGUGAAGUACGGUUUGGAGUUGGAGCAUUUCGACGUGCGGAAAGCAGCACGACGCACGGUAGGAAUGACCACACCACAAAUGGAAAUGGUUGAUCCCAGCACCUCCAGCCGAAGAACUGCUGCUCUUGUUGACGAGGCAGCUGAAGAUGUUGAUCUGUCCUCACUGCUGCUUCCCCUGAACGUAUCCACCACCCCGGCGAUGAACGACUUUUUCGUGCCCUUGAAACACCGAAGGGAGAAGGAAAUUGCGGAAUGGAUACGAACUUUUGAUACAGCACAACAAACGACUCCAUCGGUUUCUACGUCUCAGCUACUUUCGCAGCAGCACCAACAGGAGGCGAACAAGGCUUUGCAGAGUGCAGGCGUACCGAGAAGUUCAAAAAAUCUAACCGUUCUUGUCCUUGACGACUUACCGCUGCUGGAAGAGCACAUUGGUGUACAAAACAGUUUUUUGCACGUCAACCUGGCAACGGGGCUGGUCGAAACCGAUUUGGAUAGAUGCUUGAAUCUCGUAGAAAAACAAGUAAUAAAUCACAACGCGUUCUUGUGCUGCAGCAGAAAAUGAAAAGAAGCACGCGCAACAUACUAUCAACUUGUUGCUUUUGAAUGUUGAAGUGG